AUAGCUGUGCCUGCCUGGUUUGAAAGAAGAGUGGGUGGACUUCACGAGGGAGGGUGAAUGAACCAGGGAAAUAAGGGAGUGAGUGCAAAACAGCAGUGGUCCGCAACGAUUCGGCCUCAUAAUCCAUCGCAAACUAACCCGCCUCCAUCAUCAUUCGAAACAGACCGCCGGUACAAGACCAUCCCAGACCAUAGAGUGAGGGAUUGGGAACUGAGAUUGUAAUUGAGAAUCCCUUUUUCGUCAUGGCAGGAGUCGGAGGUGGGAGCAGCGAUGGGCAGUGGUGCUUCUCUCAAGUGAAAGGGGCCAUCGACGAUGACGUUGCAGAAGCUGACAUCAUUUCUACUGUGGAGUUCAACCACUCUGGGGAGUUGCUAGCCACGGGAGAUAAAGGCGGUCGGGUUGUCAUCUUUCAGCAGGAAAUAGAGAACAAGAGCCAGCCGCAGUGUCGUAGUGAGUACAAUGUUUACAGCACGUUCCAGAGCCACGAGCCCGAGUUCGACUACCUGAAGAGUUUAGAGAUCGAGGAGAAGAUCAACAAGAUCAGGUGGCUCCCGCAGAAGAACGCUGCCCAGUUCCUGCUCUCCACCAACGACAAAACUAUAAAGUUGUGGAAGAUUAGUGAGCGAGACAAGCGACCGGAAGGCUACAACCUGAAGGAGGAGGAUGGGCGCUACAGGGACCCCAACACCGUGACCUCCCUGCGGGUGCCCGUGUUCAGACCCAUGGAUCUGAUGGUGGAAGCCAGCCCUCGGAGGGUGUUUGCCAACGCCCACACCUAUCACAUCAACUCCAUCUCCGUCAACAGCGACCACGAGACGUACCUGUCUGCCGACGACCUGCGCAUCAACCUCUGGCACCAGGAGAUCACCGACCGCAGUUUCAACAUUGUGGACAUCAAGCCAGCCAACAUGGAGGAGCUGACAGAGGUGAUUACCUCAGCAGAGUUCCACCCCCACCAGUGCAACACCUUCGUCUACAGCAGCAGCAAGGGCACCAUCCGCCUGUGCGACAUGAGGGCAUCCGCCCUCUGCGACAAGCACUCCAAACUGUUUGAGGAGCCAGAAGACCCCAGCAACAGGUCCUUCUUCUCAGAGAUCAUCUCCUCCAUCUCCGACGUCAAGUUCAGCCACAACGGCCGCUACAUGAUGACCAGGGACUACCUGUCUGUGAAGAUCUGGGACCUGAACAUGGAGAGCCGGCCAGUGGAGACUUACCAGGUUCACGAGUACCUCAGGAGCAAGCUGUGCUCGCUGUACGAGAACGACUGCAUCUUCGACAAGUUUGAAUGCUGCUGGAACGGUAACGACAGCGUGGUGAUGACCGGCUCCUACAACAACUUCUUCCGGAUGUUUGACCGCGCCCAGCGGCGGGACGUGACGCUGGAGGCGUCGCGGGAGAGCAGUAAGCCCCGGCAGGUGCUCAAGCCCCGCAAGGUGUGCGCCGGCGGCAAGCGCAAGAAGGACGAGAUCAGCGUGGACAGCCUGGACUUCAACAAGAAGAUCCUGCACACCGCCUGGCAUCCCCAGGACAACAUCAUCGCCGUGGCCACCACCAACAACCUCUACAUAUUCCAGGACAAAGUGAACUAGUGGCGGGUGACGUGUGUCCCUGUCCCUGUCUUCCCCCCCCCCCCCCCCAAGCCAGACAUUCACCACCACCACCACUGCCCCCCCCCCCCCCCUCCACCUCUUAACGUUAGUCCAGGACGGAGAUUGUCGUUGGACAGAUGGACUUUGCCAUGUCCCCCCCAUGCGUGUUGGGGGGGGGGGAACUGCAACCUCAUUCUUGCUCGCCGUUCUCCUCUGUGUGGCACAGUGACUCUCGCCCCUUGUUAUUGUUAUGGUGAUGAUGUUGUGCCAAUCUGUGUCGGCCAAACCAGCCCAGCCCAGCGACAGCACGGGUAGUUAAACAAGUUCCAUUUCUUUCUCUUGUCAGAACACAACCACACCUUGUUUUUCCUUCGUUUUCUUUUUCGGGGCUGGUGAUUGGCCACGUAGAAGAAAGGGGGGGGGGGGGGGGGGGGGGGGAAGGAAGAAGGAAAGAAAAAGCCCACCCAGAGUUCUGUUUGUCUCUUGCCAUGGUUAUGUUUAUUGUUUAGAUGACUGGACAGCCAAGCUGUUUCCUGUCUGUCGAGAACCAGUGUUCACUUCCUCCCCUUGACCCUCUAACACGCCAUGUGUCUCUUCCAGCUCCACACUCCUGCUGAAAGCACCACACGCACACACACUUUCUCAAACACACAGUCCCCCAGGGGCCCCUCCCUGUCACCAAGCUGUAGCUGCUACUGGUGGUCUGCUGCACCUAGGAGCUCUGACACAUGAACAGAGACCUGUGCUCUCUGGUCCCCCCCCCUACACACACACACACACACGCCCGACCCAGACAGCUGACCCGGACCCGCCCCAGUGAAGACCACUGCCCACAGCUGAGCUUCAUACUCUGGGUAGGCAGGCAGUCCUGCCUGGGUCUUGGGGGAGAGUAAAGUGCCCUGUGUCACCUCUGAAUUAUUUACCUCCUUAUUUUUUUUCUUGUUGUCAAACUAAUAUCCAGGUGUCAAGAGAUGAUGAUUUGAUUGUCAUAUUUAUAAAUGUAACAAAUGUCACCACAGAAUUGUUGGUUGUAAUUAUUUUUUUGAGCUGACUAGACCGUAAGGUGUUUGGAGCGAUCUGAAGUGCCGUCUCCUGGUCUCGAGACGGGCCGCGCUUCCGUCACAGGAGCGAGCUGACGGCCGCUGUCGCUCAUCCAAAGUGCCACGAGGUCUCAUGCACUGGACUCCAUGUUGUGUUGUCAACUGAAAUGCUACAGGGUGUGCUUGUGGCUGGAAAGACUGCAUAUUUUACAGACGCCAAAGUGGCUGGGUUCUCGUAGUUUGUUUAAAUGUGAGCUGAACCCCAUUCCGGUUAUUACUCUAAUGUAAUGAUUCAAUAUAGUCUAGUUCUCUGGUUGAUGUCCACACCCUCGAGAGAAACUGACGGUUUACUAAUCAUAAUGCCUCCAAUAAUGUUUGACGAUGACAAAUACGAUCGGUGUUGUUGUAAUCUUGAAUGAUGGGGACAAGAAUAAAGUAAAUACUUUUUUUA